GUCACACAGAAUGGCUGCUGGGGCUCUUCGGCGCUGAGGGGUUGCUCGGGCGGCUAAUCCGCGUCCAUCCUGCCCGGGAGUUGCGGUGGCGGUGCCGCCUGUGCAGCCAGUAUCGAGCGGCGAGACCAGAGCCGCGAUGGCAUCCGGAGCCGCAGGACUGUGAAGCAUCAGAGCGCGAGCCGACGGGCCGGGCAGAGCAACAGAACCGGGUCGCGGACGAGCCGAGCUGCCGCCAUGGAGCUGAGGGUUGGGAACCGGUACCGGCUGGGCCGGAAGAUCGGGAGCGGCUCCUUCGGGGACAUCUACCUGGGAACUGAUAUUGCUGCCGGAGAGGAGGUUGCAAUUAAGCUGGAAUGUGUGAAAACCAAACAUCCUCAGCUUCACAUCGAGAGUAAAAUCUACAAAAUGAUGCAGGGUGGAGUGGGUAUUCCCACAAUUAAGUGGUGUGGAGCUGAAGGGGACUACAACGUUAUGGUGAUGGAGCUGUUGGGACCAAGUCUUGAAGAUCUCUUCAAUUUUUGUUCAAGGAAAUUUAGUCUCAAGACAGUUCUGCUGCUUGCUGACCAAAUGAUUAGUCGAAUUGAAUACAUUCACUCUAAGAACUUCAUCCACCGAGAUGUGAAGCCGGAUAACUUCCUAAUGGGCCUGGGGAAGAAAGGCAAUCUUGUCUACAUAAUAGACUUUGGACUAGCAAAGAAGUAUCGAGAUGCUCGAACUCACCAACAUAUUCCAUAUCGUGAAAAUAAAAACUUAACAGGAACUGCCCGUUACGCAUCCAUCAACACUCAUCUUGGAAUUGAGCAAUCUCGCAGAGAUGACUUGGAGUCCUUGGGCUAUGUACUGAUGUAUUUUAACCUGGGCUCCCUCCCCUGGCAGGGAUUGAAAGCAGCAACAAAGAGGCAGAAAUACGAACGUAUCAGUGAAAAGAAAAUGUCUACACCCAUUGAGGUUUUGUGUAAAGGAUAUCCUUCGGAGUUUGCCACAUACUUGAAUUUCUGCCGUUCUUUGCGUUUUGAUGACAAACCGGACUAUUCUUAUCUAAGGCAAUUAUUCAGAAACCUCUUCCAUCGACAAGGGUUCUCCUAUGACUAUGUAUUUGACUGGAACAUGCUAAAAUUUGGUGCAAGCAGAGCGGCUGAAGAUGCUGAACGUGAAAGGCGAGAACGAGAGGAAAGGUUAAGACAUACACGAAGUCCAGCUGUGCGUGGAUUACCCUCCACUGCAUCUGGCAGGCUGAGAGGAACGCAAGAUGUAGCUCCUCCUACUCCCCUUACGCCAACUUCACAUGCUGCCAACACCUCUCCUCGGCCAGUAUCUGGUAUGGAACGAGAAAGGAAAGUGAGUAUGAGAUUGCAUCGUGGAGCCCCAGUCAAUAUCUCCUCGUCCGACUUAACAGGCCGACAAGAUACCUCUCGCAUGUCAACUUCGCAGAUUCCUGCUCGGGUAACUACCAGUGUUCUCCAGUCUGCUGUGCACCGAUGAAAAUUUAUUUUGCCAUGGAGGGCAGAUAAUGCAUGGCUGAUCUCCUGUUUUACUGAUGGCUUUACUAGCAAAAAUACCCUAAACUAGAGCGGAAAUUGGAGUUCUCCAUGUGACCUAAAAGGCAUUUGGAGGAACAUGCACAGACUCCAGCAGCUGCCGUUACAGGACGCUUUUGCCAGAAACCCAAUGACCUUAAGAGAAACCCUGUGGUAACAGGGCUGGAAAAGAAGGAUGGUUUACAGAGUUAACCGCCUGUUAUUGGAUGGCCAUUUCAGUUUUCCCUCCACAGGCGGCAGACUUUACCCCCUUUUUAUUAUUCUACUGUAACUAUAAAUCUUUUACUUGGUUUAAGAAAGUUUUUUGUAUCAUUUUGCUAAAAUUAUUGGCUUAAUUCUCUGUAAAGAACUCUUGCUUUUGUCUGACUUAAAAAUGUGGGAUAUAAACAAACCUGAACUAAAGACAAUGACUUGAAAUUUCUUGUUUAAAAGAUUAGUCUGCCAGGGAACGUGUAAAUGAAUCAAAACCAUCUGAUGUUAUUUAAACUGUUUACUUUCAUGUGUGGGCCCAUUCUGAUUGAGUCAGUUUUCUCAUGAAAUUUUUAAAAUUGUUAUUUUGCUGUUUGCUGUCUUCAUUCACACUGGACAUUUAACUUUCUGUGUAACACUAAAGAAUUUUUAAUACUCAUUCUUUUUCAUAAAAGAGGAGAACUAAAUACCCUGCAGGAGAGUCUUAAGUAUAGUAAAGAUUGUACAGAUAGAUUUCUUUUUUGUAAAAACCAUGAAGGACAAAGUGAAAGACUGGCAUUUGAGGGAUUUAGAAUUUGACAGUUUGUCCUAUCUCUCUGCUUAGUUUGAGUAAAUGUAUAGUUUCAAAUAUUGUUUUUACUGGGAAGAUUUUGUUUCCUCAUUUCUGAGGCUGGUUAGCUUGGAGGCUAUUACAAGUGGAAAAUAGAUGUUGCUACUGAGUCUUCAGUUAAUUUGCACGUUUCAUUCAGUAUUCACAUGCUUAUAAAUAAAUAAAUGAAUUGAUUUAGGCCUUUUGUGACACACCAAGACUCAAAAAAGGAAUUAUUAGGAAAACAAAACAAAACCCAGCAAAACCUCCCCCAAACAUAGCAACCUAUUCUUUCUGUGAAAUCCUGAGAAUUUUUACAAUUCAGGUGCAUACCAUAAUCAGUUCUUAACUAUAUUCAACCUGAGUAUGCCCAGAAUCAUUAGCUGGGCAUGAAUGACUCAACAUACUCAGGUUGUCCAAAAAAACUGUUGUUAGCACUUGUUGGUUAUGGGAUAUGGGAAAUUCCUCAUAUUGAUUGUUACUGUAAAGGGUCUCAUAAAAGUAGGUGUUCUGUCUUCACGAACAGUAUCAGAACUAUUAUGAAUGAAAUAGUGGAAAAUUCCAUGUUGGAAAUGAAAGUAUAUACAAAGAUUUUGAUUGAACAGUUAGGUAUUUUGAGAAAUUCUUCCCUACUUGGAAACAAUUUUUUAAACAUGUAUUGGUCUUCAGAUUUUUAUGGAGGGUAGUUUUUACUGUUUGGGUCUUUACAAAUUCUUUUUUGCCCCUCUCAGAAGUCCACAUACUACAUAUUAUUCUUCUUCUUUGAAUGUUUUCAUAACGUCAGCUAUUUGCUUGUGUAUACUUCGGGUCAGACUGGGGAAACGUGUUUGGGGAGAGUAUAGUGGAGAAGCUUAAGAAGUUGAUACACGGAUAAGUUUGCAUAAGGGAAGGACUUCCUCAGUUACUAUAAACUUUGGUAUCUUAGGCAUGUGCACUACCAUUUGAACAGUUUUACACUUCACUGUGCUUUUCUUGUAAAUAUCUGUGGUUAAUAAUGUAAUGUUUGAGGGAUUUACAAAAGCAACCUUUUUAUUCUCUCUGUAUCUGGACCAUUAGAUGGCUGUGCUAUACUUAAAAGUUGACUGCAGACUUCUAGAAUUGUACUCACUUCUGGGCAAUUUUUGUCCCUCAUAAUGGUUAAAUUCCAACAUGCAGAAGAAAAUAGUUAAAACGUCUGUGUAAACCUAUGUACUGAAAACUAGCACUUCAUUUGUACUACCACUGUAUUUGUGUACUUUAACCGUUGUGUAAAUACAUUCGAAAUAACUUCUUCUUUGGUGUAACUUACUUACAAUGAAUCCUUAUCCUUUACUUGAUGCAA